AUGGUCCCACCUCAGACCUGCUCAGGUCUUGUUACCGCCGCGGCUCCGGACUCUCGGACCAGGAAGCAGCACUUUGCUCCUCAGAGUUUGGAUCGAACCGACACCGAGCGCUCCGGGAUCGUCCAGCAACUUUGGAAACGCGUCUUGGGUCAGUGUUUCGCCGCUCGUUGUUUCCUCAGUUGUGUUUGUGCUCGUCAGAAACGAAUCCGCCGCUCGGAACACGCCAGAAAAGAGACGGAGUUUCUGCGUUUGAAGCGCACUCGGCUGGGGCUGGAGGACUUCGAGUCCCUGAAGGUGAUCGGCCGCGGAGCGUUCGGAGAGGUCCGUUUGGUUCAGAAGAAGGACACGGGUCACGUCUACGCCAUGAAAAUACUCCGGAAAACCGACAUGCUGGAGAAGGAGCAGGUGGGACACAUCCGCGCCGAGCGGGACAUCCUGGUCGAGGCGGACAGUCUGUGGGUCGUCAAAAUGUUCUACAGCUUCCAGGACAAGAUGAACCUCUACCUCAUCAUGGAGUUCCUUCCAGGAGGAGACAUGAUGACGCUGCUGAUGAAGAAGGACACGCUGACUGAAGAGGCCACUCAGUUCUACAUCGCAGAGACGGUUCUGGCCAUCGACUCCAUCCACCAGCUGGGCUUCAUCCACAGAGACAUCAAACCUGACAACCUGCUGCUGGACGCCAGGGGUCACGUGAAGCUCUCUGACUUCGGUUUGUGCACGGGACUGAAGAAGGCCCAUCGGACGGACUUCUACAAGAAUCUCAACCACAGCCUGCCCAGUGACUUCAGCAAGCAAACUUUCCAGAACAUGAACUCGAAGAGGAAAGCCGAGACCUGGAAGAGGAACCGGAGGCAGCUGGCGUUCUCCACGGUGGGGACCCCGGACUACAUCGCCCCUGAGGUCUUCAUGCAGAACGGCUACAACAAGCUGUGCGACUGGUGGAGCCUCGGGGUCAUCAUGUACGAGAUGCUGAUAGGUUACCCUCCGUUCUGCUCGGAGACGCCUCAGGAGACGUACAGGAAGGUGAUGAACUGGAGAGAGACGCUCACGUUUCCUCCAGAGGUGCCCAUCUCGGAGAAGGCCAAAGACCUCAUCCUCAGGUUCUGCUGCGAGGAGGAGCAUCGGAUCGGGGCCGCGGGCGUGGAGGACAUCAAAACCAAUCCUUUCUUUGAGGGGGUGGACUACGACCACAUCAGAGAGAGACCCGCCGCCAUCCCCAUCAACAUCAAAAGCAUCGACGACACGUCCAACUUCGACGAGUUCCCCGACUCCGACAUCCUCACGCCCACGACCGCUCCGGUGUCCAACCAGAGCGAGGCGGACCUGAAGAACAAGGACUGGGUCUUCAUCAACUACACCUACAAGCGCUUCGAGGGCCUGACGGCCCGCGGCGCCAUCCCCUCCUACAUGAAGUCGGGGAAGAGAUGAGCCCGCCCGCUUCUCACCCGCCCUUCAGGAACCGAGCCGCCGCCGUCAGAACUCUUCAGUGUGAGCGGCGGACAGCAGAGCGGCUCGUCUUCGUCUAUAGGAACCUGCUGCUUGACUCUAACGCUCCUGAGGAAACCGCUCCACUUCCUGCUCACCCAGACCCAGCCGGGUCCACAGACUCCUGGACGGACGUGUCCCCUCCAGACAACCAGCAUCUCUUUACAUUCCCUCUGUAGGGCUCCUCGAACCCGACCCGCUCCCAUCGGGUCAGACCGGUUCUCUUCAGGGAUCCGGGUUCUUCCGACCAAAGACGUCCCCACCCCCAACUUUUUCUAGACUCGAGGUUCGCACAAGUCGCUCAUCGGGAGAGUUAUGCAUUUUGUGGAACAAACAUGAAGACUUGUACUUCAGAACCGGGCCUGAGUUUUCAGAACCGGGCCUGAGUUUUCUGCUCCUGCAGUGAGGGAAGGUUUGGGUCGGUGCCUGCAGCUCCUUUUUAGUUUAUUAAUAAUUAAUUAAUAACAAUUAAUAAUUAAUCUGUCUUUUAGUUGACCAAAUAAUGACGUGUUUUAAAGUCUGAGUGAAGUCGGACCAGCUCAGUCGGGUCAGCCAGAACCUGCUUUUCAACCCAGACUGCAGAUAUGACAUCCCUCCGGCGCCGUCCCGAUGUGGACCUGGUCACCAGAACUCCUGCGUCUUCACUCCGACUUUAAAUAAAAACAUCAGUUUGACCCAGAACUUUCAUUUAAUGAAAUAAUUUGAGUUUUUGUUGUUAAAAUUUAAAUUAAAUGAGUUUAAAGCUGCAGAAAAAUCAGGAAGUCCCAGUUUAUAAACCAGUUUUUAUCCAAAGAAACCCAGUUUCUGUUUGAAACAGGAACCGUUUUUACCAGUUCUGUUACAGUCGGCCGGUUCUGAAGCUUCGGGUCGGUUCCGGAACGAGUCGUUUUUCUUCGCAGGGCUGAUCGAGAUCCAAGAUGCUGUCGCCUAAAAUGAAUGUAAACAAACUUUUACGCUUUUUUAUUAUUAUUAUUAUUAUUAUGCUUUUAUUUUGAAAUGUUGUGGCUGUAAAUGAGUUCUGGACUUCUUCUUUUCUUCGACUCGUACGGUAUGAUGUAAAUAACUCUGGAAGCCCGUUUCUGCCCGACGACACCAGCAGAUCGACGAGCGGCUGCAGUGAAAAGCUGCGGAGGCGGCGCCGCCCGGCAGGAACGGGCUUCAGACGAGCGCAGCGUCACGUUCGGUGGACAUUUUUAUUUAAGGAUUGUUUUUAUUUAAAAUCGCAAACGCUGUUCUGACGCCAUGACGUUUCGGACUUUGGGAUGUUUGUAUGGGCGUGCACGCCACGCCUGUUUGUAUGGGCGUGCACGCCGCGCAUGUUGUCACCCUGUAACUCGAGGGUCGUGAUGCGGUCGGGGCACGUUGAGCGCUCGUUGUUUGAAGCGCCGCUCGCUCUGACGUUUUGUUUUAACGCUGUUCGACAAUGAAUUACUCUGCACUUAA